UCUUGGUAUCAAUGACAAAUACCGGCGUAUCCUUGAAAACUAUGGGGCUGACAUCGAUAUGAUCUCGAAGCUGUAUACAAAGCAGAGAAGUGAUCCUCCUUUGGCUCGAGACCAGCCUCCCAUUGCUGGGAAGAUUCUGUGGGCCCGCCAGCUCUUCCACAGGAUUCAGCAGCCCAUGCAGCUUUUCCAGCAGCACCCUACUGUUCUCCAGACAGCAGAAGCCAAGCCUGUGAUUCGCAGUUACAACAGGGUGGCCAAGGUCCUCUUGGAGUUUGAAGUUCUCUACCACAGGGCAUGGUUUCAGCAAACUGAAGAAAUUCGCAUAGGACUGGAGGCUUCUUUAUUGGUGAAGGCUCCUGGCACAGGGGAAUUGUUUGUAAACUUUGAUCCUCAGAUAUUAACCCUAUUUAGAGAAACAGAGUGCAUGUCACAGAUGGGUCUGGAAGUUUCCCCACUUGCAGCUGCCCUUUUCCUGAAACGAGAUGUAUACAAAAAGAACUUCAGUGACAUGAAGAUGAUGCUGGCUGAAUAUCAGAGAGUAAAGUCAAAAAUGCCUCCCAUCAUAGAGCAGCUGAUGGUCCCCCAUUUGUCAAAGGUGGAAGAAGCUCUCCAGCCUGGCCUGGCUGCACUGACAUGGGCAUCUCUGAACAUUGACAUAUACUUGAAAAAUGCUUUUGCAAAGAUCAAGGACCUGGAGUUGCUGCUUGACAGGGUCAACGAUCUGAUCGAGUUCCGCAUUGACGCUGUCCUGGAAGAAAUGAGCAGCACGCUUCUUUGUCAACUGCCCCAGGAGGAGCCACUUAGCUGUGAAGACUUUCUCCAAAUGACAAAGGUUAUUAAAAGAUUGAUGUUUUUCACUUAA